AUGCCUAAAGCACUUAAGAAUUAUCACGAAGGCAUCAAAUACCAUAAAAUACAUAAAGGAGGCGAGCCAGGCUGCUAUCAAUUACACAGGCCAUCGGAAUGUCGUCUGAAGUUUCCACCGACGGAACGUCCCAUCCACAAGUGCGAAGUUCCAAAACACGAGUACACGCUGGUCCCUCAGUUGGGAGGUUGGAGGACCCUGCUGGUGCCCAAGACCAAGCCGAACUACUACCCCGCCGUCAUCAACAAGGAUGACUAUGAGAGACUCAAGAAACAGGCUAAGAUUGUAACUACGGAAGAACAGAUCCAAGCUAUGCACGCUCAAGAGGCAGCCGUCCAGAAGGCUGCGAGGGAGUCUGAGGAAAGAAAGAGAUUACUCAAGGAACAGCUCAAACCACAACCAGGGGCCGAGGCAGCCACUGGGACCGCGGACCCUGAGCUGGAGGGACCGGAUCAAGCGGCGCAUACUCUGUCUAGAUCGGAAAUGUUGAAAGCUAACAACAUGCAAGGCCCGAGACUGUGUAACAGGAUCAUCCUGGCGUCCAAGUGUCACGCGAUCCGUGACGCGCAGAUAGCUGAGAAGGAACUCAUCAAGAAGGAACUCGACGAAGAGGAGAGGAGACUCGAUGAUAUAAUGGAGUCCAACCGUUUGUCCGCGGUGGCUCGAGCUGAGGCUGCGGAGGCUCGUCGACACGAGCUGCGGCUACAGAACCUCGCCGCUCUCAAGGAACAGAUACAAGCUCACGACACCGCCAAGAUAAUGGAAGCUGAGAGAAUUGAAGAGGAGAGCAUAAGAGUGAACCAGUCCAACAUCGCUAUGCAGAUAGAUGAGGCGCGGAAACUGAAAGAGAAACAUGGCAGACAAGCCAAGCUCAAGGAGAUAUUGGAUCAAGGCAAUGCUGAACUUCUGUACUACAAGCAGCUCCAGAACGAGGAGGAGCGCAUCAUGGACCUUCGGAUCGCUAACUUCCUCAAACUGAAGCAGGAGAGAGAAGCCAGGAACAGAGCUGAGGCGGAGGCAGUGAAGGCCGCCAAGCAGAAGGGAAUAGACCAUAUCGCUAAGGCACAAAAGGCGGAACAAGAGCUGAAAGAAGAGCUGGAGAGAAUCAGAAACCUCAAGAUUCAGGAGGACGUGGAGAGAGAGUACAGGAGGAAGGAGAGAGAGGCUGCCAUCAAAAGAAACAGAGAGAUGAAGAGGUUACAUGAAGCUAGGGUGGCGCAGAUAACAGACAUCCACCGUCUGAUAGCGAGAGAGAUCGCCAAAGACGAGCAGAGCUUCAACAACGCGGCGAGACAGAACGAGGAGUUCAUACAGAAGGAGAGACAGUUGGAGGACCAAAGGAAGGCUCGCGUCGAACAACACAGACAGGAAAUAAUGAAACAAAUUAAUGACAAGGAAAGGGCGAGGGCUGAGCUCCGUGAAAAGCUCCACAACGAGGGUGUGGCGCUGAGGAUGGAGCAAGACCGACAGGACCAGUACGAGAGACGGGUUAUACGGCAGAAGGUGGCAGACAUGAGGACCCAGAAAGUAUCUGAAAAGUACGUGAAGGAGGUGGAACAGACACUCGGGAAACAUGGCUACUGA